CAGAGUUAUCCCCGGCGCCUGGCCUGAACACUGCACCUCUGUCCACAUUGUCCAUGUCUGCCCCUGCCCCAUCUCUCUGGCCACGCCCACGGAAUCCGGUGAUCCAUGAGCCAACAUCACGUCCAUCACAAUGCUGCUUUGCCACUGUACAACUCAAGGGGAUGGAUGAUGAUGUUGUGGGAAAAAGGGCACACCUUGAAUCCCGGGGUUCAGAUGAGGAAGCUGAUGGGAGUACUGAUCACAGUGAUGAUGAAGUGGAUGAACCACUGGCUCAACAACCGUUCCCAGUGGCUCUAGACCAUGGUCUGGGUCGCACACCAGAUUUCUGGUCCGGCCCAACUUUUCCAUCUGUGCAGGUCACUCAAGCUUCUUCUUUCAUGCCUGCCUCAAUGUUCAGAGACUACAUCAUCCCUUGGGGGCCACCAAAGGAGACUAGUUCCAACACAAGCUGGAAUUCAGCACAGAGUCAUACUCAAAGUUCUUUGGGUUCCACACCAUUGCGGGCUGCAAGGUCCCCAUCGGUUGAGCUGUUUGUCCCUGGCCAAGUCCUUCUGGCGCAAGAGGUAACCCGUUGGAACACCGGAUUAUCAACUGGGAUCCUGUGGUCAAUUGAAGGCCACUAG